AUGAAUGACUUACCUUUGUUUGUUCUUGACGAUGUUCUCUUCAGAUUAGAACUCAAAUCUUUGGCGAUGAUGCGAUGCACAAAUAAAUUUUUCCAAUCUUAUAUAUCCAAUGACUCGGAUUUUCAAAUUGCAUAUUUUGCCAUGUACAAAAUCGAGCCUAUUAUGUUUCACCUUGACAGCUGUGGUGACCAUUACAUUUUCUGUUAUCCUUUGGGUUCUUCAUGCGAUUCUACAUCAUACGGAAGAAAAAAUAGAAUUGGAAUUCGUAACCGAUUAUAUAUAUUUGGCUCAUGCUCUGGCCUUCUCUUACUAUAUAUCAAUGGUCUCUUUGUUGCAAAUCCCCUCACAAAAACAUAUCGAAUCUUAGAUCACUCAGGGUCAAAGCUUAUACCUAGAAUAGUUGAUGGUUUGAAUCUCUCAGAUCCAUUUCUUCAUAUGGAGAGAGCAAUGUGCGUUGGUUUUGCAGUAAAUCGAAACCAAACGACCAAGAGAUUCAAGAUUGUCGGCAUACUCGAGAUGGAAACGGUAUAUGGAUUCGAGAUCAAUGAUGGAGAUUCUUGGAGACUAUCAGAAACGAGUAUCACCACUAGCACAAAAAGUGAUCUCACGACAAAUAUGAAACAUGUUUACUUGGAUGGCACGCUCCACUGGCUGAGAAACGACGGGAGCAUCAUAGCUUUCGAUUCGGAGACAGAGCAAGCACGACUGAUUCCUUCCAUAUUCCAUAGAAAACAGGAUAUGAAGUUACUAUUCGCAACGGACGAUAAGAUUAGCCGCUUGACUUUAAUAUCGGGGACAGAAGAAACAAUCUCAGUUUACACACUAGUCGAGAAUUCCAAGUGGACCCUUUCUAGGCAGAUCAAUAUCGUAUCCAUGGAAGGCAAUAUAAUUGUACGCUUAUCUCCUGAAACGCAGAAAUUGGGCGGUGAUUGGGAAGACCUUUUCCGUAUACACUGGAACAUGGUUGCGUACGAUGGUAAGUUUCUUGUGGUGAGAGAGAUGAGGAGAAUUACUUCGAGAGGUUUGGUUCAUUUGUACGACAUGGAAGCUAACAGUUGGAGAAUUUUGGGGUCAAUCUGGUGUGGGUAUGGUGAUAUCAGAAACUUCUAUAAGUUUACUCCCUCUUUGUUAUCUGUUGAGAAGGAUGAGCAGACAAAGGUUCUUAUAGCUUCGGAUGACCAACGCAUCCCCUAUCUAACUGAGGUUAUGGGACUCAUUGACACAACCAUGGGGAGUGGCAUUGGUCCUAACGUAGUUUCAAAUAUAGUUACAAUUUAUUAAAAGGGUUUUAUACAACAUAUAUUUUCCUUAACCUUGUUGACUCAGGGAAAGCUAUUUCCUUGAUCGCAU